GAACUAAUUUUCUGUGAUCAAAAACUAGAUGAGAUCGCCUGCAGAAUGAGUCAAGGAUUGGUUAGACGUAAUUUUAUUUUUUAAUAAGACUUAAGAAAGUGGAAACAUUUUAUUUGCAAGUAAUAUUGCUCAAUAUUGAAUUACAUAAAUGUUUAUCUUCAUUUUGCACAAUUUAACGGAAUAAAUAUGGCGGCAGGUGCUAAGAGAAUUCACUUCCGGUCGCUGCUCUAUAAAAUUUAGUAACUUUAGACCUUCUUAUCGUCGUUCAAGCGAAUUUAUGCACUACUCGUGACAGUCGUGACUCAUAGGUGAUAAGGGAGUGUUCGCAAUGCACGGUCGAGUAAAAGUGCGUACUACAGCCGAGCAGGAGGCGAUAAGAAAAAAGGAAAGAGCGGCUAAAGUUGCUCAAUAUAAGGCUGAUAUUGCCAUAGUAUUCCAAAAGAGAAAGGAUAAGCUACUGGACGACGAAUUAUUAACCAUCACCAGGCGCAUGCUGCUAACUAAUCCAGACAUUUAUACAUUGUGGAACAUUCGUCGCGAGGCUUUUGAGAGUAACGAACGGUCCGAUGGUACAACUGGUGAUAAAGAAACAAAAGAAUGUAGCGAGCAGGAAUUAACGCAAGAAUACGAAUGUAGGAGUGAAGAGGAUUACAAGCAACUGCUCGAGAAUGAGCUGAGCUUGACGGAGAGCUGUCUGAAGGAGAAUCCCAAGUCGUACAGCGCGUGGCACCAAAGAUGUUGGGUGAUGGAGCGAAUGCCCGAGCCCGAUUGGAACAGAGAACUGUCGCUGUGCGCGAAAUGCUUGAACCUGGACGAAAGGAAUUUUCACUGCUGGGACUACAGAAAGUUUGUGGUCGGGAAGGCUGGUAUCUCGGACAGGGAGGAGUUCGAGUUCUCCAGCACAAAGAUACUGAACAACUUCUCCAAUUACUCAUCCUGGCAUUACAGAAGUCGGAUAUUGUCUAGGAUGUUUGGCUCCACAGGGUUGGAGGAGAUACCAAUCUUAGACGAGGUUUACAGGGAAGAGCUCGAUCUAGUCAUGAACGCGACGUUUACUGAUCCCAACGACACCAGCGCUUGGUUCUACCAAAGAUGGCUUCUGGACAAGUGCGUGACGACUUGUAGGCUGUGGCGUGCCUACGUUAAGAAAGAUAUGGUUCAUAUCAUUAUCGACAACAACAUGCUCGUUAAACCAGUCUCGCUGUCGUUGUGUAUAAACGGUGAGGCCGUCAAAGCGGAAUGGCAAUCGUAUCCGGAGCAGAAAUUUGCCAAAUUACCAACCGCAGGAUACUUUGCUAGUCGGAUAGAGGAGAAUUUACAUCAAGCUAAAGAAGUUUCUGUGAAACUGCAGGAGACCACGUAUCCACUUUCGUAUUCCAAGUCGGAAGGUGCGUGGAUCUAUAAGGAUAACUCGAGCUUGCACAAGCGAAACAGCAACGACGAGCAACUGAGCGAGCAACUGAGGAGCUACAAUCAACUUUCUGAAAUGGAACCAAACAAUAAGUGGGCCUUAUUAACUGGUGUAUUACUGAUGAAGAAGAUUGACUUCCACAAAUUUUAUACCGAUAUUUUAAACAACUUGGCGGCGCUGUCGAAAGUCGACAGCUUUCGUAAAAAUUAUUAUGCGGAUUUGCGAAGCAAACUCGUAAUAGAGUACAAACUGCACGAAAUAUGGAAGGCAGAGGGCGAUUUGGAAAUGCAGUCAAGAAUCGAUCUCUCACGACUAGAUUUAACGAAAUUGCACAAUAAUCACUAUUUCGGCUUCUUCGAGGAAGUGAAUCUCUGCGCGAACAAGUUACAAAAUUGCUUGCCUCAGCUUUCUACGCUACACAGAUGCACGAAGUUGUCGCUGUCCAGCAAUGGCUUGACAUCGCUGAAACGUUUUCCUACUUUACGCAAUCUCGAAGUUCUGUCUCUGAGAAACAACAAGCUAGUGAGCGCGGAUGAAAUAGUAGACCUAAUAAAGCGACAUAGAAACUUGAAGAAGCUGGAUUUGCGGGAUAAUCCAGUGUGCGACAAGAUUGAUCCAGAUAAAAUUAAAUAUGUGAAAUAUAAUUUGGCGUUAUAUUUAAAAUAAUAUCAGGGAAAUACGACAGGAAUAGCUCGUUCAGACGUACAUACACGGUGGUAGUUCGUUAUGCAACUUGAUUACCACUGCAAUUAUUUCUUAUCAUGAGGAUAUUGAAUUCAUCACGAGAGAGUGAUUCGAGCGAGAGAACCGAUCAUGAAAACUAUCGUGAUACCUCGCAUUCCUUCAACUGCGAACAGCAGACUUUUGCACAUCGUUGAGAGCUUUUUUCCACGCGUCUAUGAUAAAUUUCUUGUACAAGGGCAAAUUAAUAAAAUUCUGAUA